CUCCUCUCGAACGCCAUACCCCAAAAUGGCGUCGUUUGCUCUGACAUCAUCUUCUCUUUCCUUCAACAAGUCCCUCCCUUGUCUCAAACCCCGCUCUCUCUCACACCUGAGAUCCACCGCACCACAUCCCCUCCCUUUCCGUCCAAAUCUCCCAAAACUCUCUGCUGUCUCUCCCUUACUCCCAAGAUUCUCCAAAUCUAAAAUCACCACAACCACCAGGAAAAUCUCUAACUUCACAGUAAAAGCAUCAGCCUCUGCAGCAUCACCAUCACCCGCACCAACAUCAAGUACACCUGCCUCACCGCCAUGGCAAGGAGCAGCAAUGAAACCUUUACUAGCAUCCAUCGCGACAGGUGUCAUUCUCUGGUUCGUUCCUGUUCCCGCGGGAGUUACGAAACCAGCAUGGCAACUGCUCGCAAUUUUUCUUGCUACAAUAGUCGGAAUCAUCACGCAACCUUUACCGCUCGGCGCUGUAGCUUUGAUGGGUUUAGGCGCUUCAGUUCUAACAAAAACCCUCACUUUCUCCGCAGCGUUUUCCGCAUUCGGUGAUCCAAUCCCUUGGUUAAUUGCACUCGCUUUCUUCUUCGCGCGUGGAUUUAUCAAAACCGGACUUGGUAACCGAAUUGCGUAUCAAUUUGUGUCUCUGUUUGGAUCUUCUUCGUUAGGGUUAGGUUACAGUCUUGUUUUUAGUGAAGCUUUACUAGCGCCGGCGAUUCCUUCUGUUUCUGCACGAGCAGGAGGAAUAUUUUUGCCGUUAGUGAAGUCACUCUGUGUUGCUUGUGGUAGUAAUGCGGGUGAUGGGACGGAGCAUAAGCUUGGUUCGUGGUUAAUGUUAACUUGUUUCCAAACAUCAGUGAUUUCGUCUUCCAUGUUUUUGACAGCUAUGGCUGCGAAUCCUCUGAGUGCUACUUUGACAUUAAAUACGAUUAAACAAACAAUUGGGUGGACGGAUUGGGCCAAGGCUGCGAUUGUGCCUGGAUUGGUUUCGUUGAUUGUUGUUCCGUUGAUUUUGUAUUUGAUUUAUCCGCCAACUGUCAAGACUAGUCCUGAUGCACCUAAAUUGGCUAGGGAGAAGUUGGAGAAGAUGGGACCCAUGUCUACUAAUGAAAUUGUUAUGGCUGGCACUCUGUUUCUCACGGUGGGCCUCUGGAUUUUUGGUGGGAUGCUGAAUGUGGAUGCUGUUACUGCCGCUAUUCUUGGAUUGUCCAUCCUUCUUGUCACUGGUGUAGUGACAUGGAAGGAGUGCUUAGCUGAAGCAGUUGCCUGGGAUACCUUGACAUGGUUUGCUGCCCUCAUUGCCAUGGCUGGGUAUCUUAACAAAUAUGGUCUCAUCUCCUGGUUCAGCCAAACUGUAGUUAAGUUUGUUGGUGGACUCGGUUUAUCGUGGCAGCUAUCUUUUGGGAUUUUGGUUCUUCUCUACUUCUACUCCCACUACUUCUUUGCAAGUGGAGCAGCUCACAUCGGUGCGAUGUUUACAGCAUUCCUGUCUGUUGCCAGUGCUCUAGGCACUCCUCCAUAUUUUGGAGCCAUGGUGCUCGCCUUCUUUUCCAACCUCAUGGGCGGCCUUACACACUAUGGAAUCGGAUCUGCACCUGUUUUCUAUGGUGCCAACUAUGUACCUCUGGCCAAAUGGUGGGGCUAUGGGUUCAUCAUAUCUGUUGUCAACAUAAUUAUCUGGGUUGGGGUUGGAGGGGUUUGGUGGAAGUUCAUUGGCUUGUGGUGAGGGGUGAUCAUGGAAAUCCGAUGACCCAAGAUUUAGCAAUAUCCCCGAUUCUUAUUCACCAUCAGAUGAUAUUUUCACAUCUUGAUUUAUUGUCUGAUGAGAGAGGUUGUUGAUUUUUGUUUCUAAUUCUUUUCCUGGGAAAUAAUCUUUCGGUGGCCUUGGUAGAGACCUCGGUCAGAAAGGUGGUAUACGCAUGGUCUUAUUAGAUCAGAAAUUAGAACUUGUACCAGGAAUUUUUUCACGGCGUAGCAACUGCCUGCAAAUAAUUACAUAGAAAAAUCUGACGCGUGAAGGUCUUUUUUCUGUCGCUAUAGUUUCUUGGUGGCAUGAGGACAUAUCCUUUUUCUUGGAAAUUUACCCUCUUUUAUAUUUCGUC